UUCUCCCGGCAGUCUCGUGCCUUCUGUGACCCCGGCAGACCUUCCUCCCCAAGUCCGUGGACUCCGGCUCUAGCUUCGAGAGCAGAGGCCCUCGCCAUUUAUCUCAAGAAGCGAAUAGAAGUAGGACCCGGGAUGGGCGCUUUUCCUGCUUCCCAGUUCACGUGACCCUCUGAGGGCGGUGGGAAAAUAAACAGGCGGAGGAGCUGAAGUCCAUAAGCCUUGGAGAGACCUUCAGCAGUAAUCUCUAAAAUCUAAAAUGACCACCCUGCCCCCGUUGCCCAUGACACGCCCAAAGCUUACAUCUUUAGCCAGGCAGAAGCUGCCAUGUUCCCCCAGAACAAUUCCAAGGUCUCGGUUGAUCAAAGAAAAAGAUGACAUAGAUCAUUACCUGGAGGAGAAUUUCAAAGGAUUGUCAAAAGAAGAGGUUGCUGCUUACCGGAACUCAUACAAGAAGAGCAUUUGUGUGGACAUGCUGCGAGAUGGUUAUCAUAAGUCCUUUACUGAGCUCUUCGCCCUGAUGGAGAAGUGGGAUGCCCUGCGGGAGACUGCGAAAGUUAGGUCCCUUUUGUGGUUGCAGAGACCCCUGGAAGAGCAACCUGAUAAGCUGGAUCACUUCUACCACUACCUGACCAGGGCUGAGGCAGCUGAAAGGAAAGAAUACUUUGAAGGUGUCUAUAAUAACUUGUAUGCACUGGCCUGUUACUUCAAUAAUUCUGAAGACAAAUGGGUAAGGAACCACUUCUACGAACGAUGUUUUAAGAUUGCUCAACUGAUCAAAAUUGACGGUGGGAAGAAAGAAGCCGAGGCGCAUGCGCACAUGGGACUUCUCUUCGAGGAAGACGGUCAGCUUCUGGAAGCUGCUGAGCAUUAUGAAGCAUUCCAUCAGUUGACGCAAGGGCGGAUAUGGAAGGACGAGACAGGCCGCUUUCUCAACUUGUUGGCCUGUGAGAGUCUCCUGAGGACCUACAGAUUACUCUCAGACAAAAUGCUGGAAAAUAAAGAAUACAAACAGGCCAUCAGAAUUCUAAUAAAAGCUUCUGAAAUAGCCAAAGAAGGAAGUGACAAAAGGAUGGAAGGAGAAGCUUCCUAUUACUUGGGCUUAGCAUACCUAGCUGCUGAAGAGUACGAAACAGCAUUGACAGUCCUUAACACUUGCAGUAAAAUCUCCACAGACCUGGAUGAUGAUCUCAGCCUGGGGAGAGCCUAUGAAGCAAUAGCCAAGGUCCUGCAGAGCCAAGGAGAGAUGUUAGAAGCAAUUAAAUACUUGAAAAAAGUUGUGAAAAUUGCAGGAAACAAUUUUCAAAGACUAGAUGUUGUGAAAGCAAGUACAAUGCUUGGGGAUAUCUACAAUGAAAAAGGAUACUACAAGAAAGCUUCACAAUACUUUCAGCAAGCUUUCAACACAACAGCAGAGCUAACAAACUUGAGUCAAAUGGAUGAAACGAAAGUGCAUUAUGGAAUAGCAAAAGCUCAUCAGAUCAUGCAGAGGGUUAACAGUUACAUCGAGUCUGAAGAUCUAACCAGCCUUGGCUACCUGCUGUCAUGGAAGGAGAAUAGAGACAGCAUUGUGUGUGAUCCGACUAAUGGAGAACCUAGAAAAUCCACAGUGGAAAGUUUAAGUCAAGACCCAGAGAAUUUGGAAGAAGAAAAUAGUAGAUUUCCAGAUAAUCAAAAAAAUGAGACUUAAACCAGCUUUGGACUCAUCAACAAAGCAAGAAGAAAUUUAUCAUGUCACCUUCAUCUUCGAUAACUGUAAUAGGAGUAUGUUACAAGUAAUACAGAUAGAAUUAUAAUAAAUCUAUGAUUAUGUUUAGAUUGGA